UUUGAAAACUGCUCAUUCACUCACAGGCAACGGUCGAAAAUCGCCAUCCACACGGCAGACGUUAAAUCAGUGCUACAAUUUGAUUAACCCUUUGUAAAACACAAAAUGGAAAUCACCAAUACUCCAAACAAUGAAGUGUCCGUGCCUCACAUUGGACAGACGGCAAUUAUAAAUAUACACAUGGAAGAAUGGAUUCAGAAUGGCAUUACACGGUUUUACAGAGUUCUUUCUGAAGACCCAGUGAACUCUGUAAAACCCGUGCUUGGCAUUAUUGAUUCCAAGGGAAAUGUCGUCGACAUGUCCAAUGACAAUUGGCCAAUUGACGUUGCCGAACACACUACCGAUAAUACUUCUGAUAUUAGUAAUAAUGGAUUUAGUGAGGUGGACGAAGAGCAAUUCUGCACGAGUUAUAAUGGAAAUAAGGAUGUAAUUGAUCUCUGCAGUAAUGGAAUUAGUGAGGCGGACAAAGAGCAAUCCUGCACGAGUAAUAAUGGAAAUAAGGAUGUCAUGAAUGAAAUUGUUGAUUUAAACAAGGAACAUUUCCUGACUGAAACCAGAAAUCAGGAUGUCAACAACAGAACUAACGUACUUAAUGAUAUGAACAAGGGUGACUUAUAUGUGGUUAAGAAUGGAAAUGCCUAUCUUAGUGAUAUUGGAAGUAGUGAAAUUGAUAACGUGAACAAGGAUCAUGCCUACUUGUCCAGUCAGGAUGUUAUUAGCACGGUGAAAUGGGAUCAUUCUUACGUGGCAAUGUAUGGAAGUGCUGGAGUAACAUCUCAGGCUAUAUCUUCUGAAGAGUGUUGUGAUGUGGCUUUGGAUGGAGGUGCACUCUCACCUUCUGCGCUAACAGUUUCAUCGGAAACGAUGGAUUCUGGUUCUCGUGCCUCAUCAAUAAUAACAAUUUCUUCAAGGUCUUCUUCUAUGGAUUUCUUAAACAAAACUGAGGAAGAUAUUGAUGAUGAUGUCCUUUUGCAUGCAGUUGACAACUUACUUUCCAGAUGUAAUAGGAUGGUAAAACAAGAGGAACUCUCGCCGCCCCAUUCAACUUAUUUAAUUGACGAUUUUCAAGUCAACGAACCAUCUGAGAAAAACCAUGAUGACGAACACUAUGCGGUCAAAGAUCUUGAGGAUGAACCACCUGAAAAAAAUCGUGUCGAAGAAAGCUUCAUAGUUGACGAUGUAGUUGAAGAUAUUCAAGAUAGCCCNAUGUCCGAUUUCAUAGUUGACGAUGUAGUUGAAGAUAUUCAAGACAGCCCGUGUGAAACGCCUCAUGGUAGAAGGAACAACAGUUUCAUAGUUGACGAUGUAGUUGAAGAUAUUCAAGACAGCCCGUGUGAAACGCCUCAUGGUAGUAGGAACGACAGUUUCAUAGUUGACGAUGUAGUUGAAGAUAUUCAAGACAACCCGUGUGAAACGCCUCAUGUUAAUACGGACAACAGAUCUACAGUUGAAGAUAUCUUGAACAGAACUGGAGAGUACAACAAUGAAUUUUUAAAUGCGAUAGAUUUCCACAUUAAUGUAACAAUGGAUCAUAUGGAGGAUCACAAUAGUAUUGAUCCUGACAUAAAUACUGGUUUUCUCAGCUGUGAAAACUGCCCAUUGGGUCCUAGGUGUCCCUUUGGGACUUCAGCUCAAUACGAAGAAAGAACGCACCAGGAUAGUUCUGUGAGUGGUACAAAUGCAAUAAAUAACGCAAUCAUCGAGACUAUUGUUCUAUCAGACUCUUCGGAUGAAGCAUCAACAUCGGAUUGUAUCAGAAAUAUUGCAUCUAUUUCAUCAGAACCGAAUGAAUCUAUUCAACAAAGUAGAGACUCUACGCAAAAAUCUAAAAGGAACAAACGUAAAAAAAAAUCAAGCGGAACUAAGAGAACAAAAAUAAGGAAAUCCUAA